GCUCAAUGUCAUUGACACAAUGCUUGUGCCACUAAUAUAUUAUCGUCAAGAACUCUGGAUCAUUGUUUCGUCUUUUCCUUUUCUGAACAGCUUCUUUAACGAAGAUUUUUUUCUUGCGUGCUCUUAAAAGUAAACGGGGACACAAUCUACGAAGUUUGCUCCCCGGGAAUUUUCCUUCUGAAAACGACUUCGAUUUGUACAACUUAUUGUAGAAAGCAGCAAGAAUGAAGAAGCCCGGCCCACCCCCUGGCGGAGGCGGCAAGCCGAUGAUGAUGAUGAUGCAACAAGGAAGUGCGAAAGGUAGCUCCAAAGGCUCUGUCUACGGUGCUGCAGGCGGUGCACCCGGGAAGACCAGUGUUUACUACGGCAAAGGCGCGAAACAAAUGAUGCAGCAGGUGCUGUCCCCGAGAACAACGGCCUUGCAGAUGCAGCAACAACAAAUGCAGCAACAGCAAAUGCAGCAACAGCAGCAGCUGAUGUCACCGAGGUCCACGGCAGCCAUGCAAAUGCAGCAACCCCCAAAAGUGUCGACAAUGAGCGCCGGCGGAAUGCAGCGAGGGACGGUAGCACCCUCGGAGGCGUACUAUGGAUCCGUGUACGGUGGAAAUAGAGGGUCAGGCGCCGGAUCAAUGGGCAGCAGGGGUAAAGGAUCUUCGCUGUCCCGUGACCAGCGGUUCUUCAUCGGAGACGAAGAAGAUGAGGAAUACGAAAGUAUCUAUUUCAGUGUCAUGUUUGUAUUUUGUAUGACGAAUGCGAUGAAAUGCCAAUACAUCUAGAAAUAUUUAGACUUAGAGAUGGAAAACAAACAAGAUAGAAACUGAUUAUCCAAAAAACUACUUCAAAUAUCAGGCGACCUGUGGUGCUAUGGGAAGACAGGGGCUUUUUGGAAAAAGUUGAUCACCUUCUGGUGCAUAUGCUUUUUUCUCCUCCUGGCUUUCAUCAUCUGCAUGGCCCACCCGAUGAUCGGCUGCCGAAUCGGCGGAUGCUGCGAAGCCGGGGAGUGCUGCGGCGCCACGCCGCCAGGGCAAGCGCCAUGAUUGAGGGAAGAAGAUCGAUCUUGUUUGUUGUUUUUUGUAGCCGAAAAAAUUUGGCCCGUCAAGGGUUCGAAAUCAAGUAUUGAGUAGAUAUGAUGUUGAACGGUUCCAAUCUUCGAUUUUUUGCAAUUUUUACACCUAUCACCUUUUGUUUGACUUGUUUAGCACACUUAGCAUCAUGAUGAAAUCACUGGUCUUUUCACAACUGUACGAUAGCAUUUACAUUACACUUGUUUACGACUUUGUUGGAUGAAAAAUUUGUUGAGGAGAGGUUUAUGCGUAACAAAACUUAAACUGUAACUUAAGUUGUGGUAUAGGUAUCGAUUCGACUAAUACCCAGCGACAGGAGCCGGCUACUCAUCGGGAGAAGUUCCCCCGCCGUGCCCGCUUGCACAGUCUUGU